AUGCCAACUCUAUCUUAUGGCCUCACAUAUGUUAAACUUCUACUUUUAGCAUUUUUAGUCGGCUUUGCGAUUGCCACUGGGGUUUCUCUGUUUAUUUUUCCAACAACUAGCCGAAGCAUGAUAUUCCAUCAAUUGAGAGGCUACCCAAGCGCAGUGAAAUCUUUGCUUGAUGAACAAGUUACCUACAUCAAGUCAACCGAGAGCGGUGGUCCUUGGAAAAUUACCCGAAUGGCAACGGUCGUACGUCGAGCGACCUCCAGUUUCUCAGGGCCUAGACCCAAUGAUGAAAAGGUCUCCAAGGAAGCACCUAAUACCUUUGAAUCACCUGGCUUAAGAACUGCGAUCGGCAAGCUAAGCGCCAUACAUUCUCAAGUUAAUGCUGAGAUGCGAUACGCCAAGCAAGAGAUUGUCUGGGGUACUUUGACACCAGAAGACCUUGAAAAGCUUAUUUCUUUACUACGAUCUCUCUUUUUGUCUCUAAGCGGAAUUGCUAUGCUUCCGCGCGUAUUCAAGAGACUUACAAAGGCAGUUCAGCCGCAACGAGCAGGAAUGGAUGCUACUAACGCUGAAGUCACAAGGCAAGAUACCUUUAGCCCCAUAGUGGAGGACUCUCCAUAUGAAACCCAAGAGGGCACUCAAGAACAUUUUGUCCAGCCAUUAUGUGAUCGUCUAGAAGCCGCCAAAGCGCUUGUUAACUCUGGCCUACAACAUACCUUCACUACUUUACAGCUUUCAAAAUCUAAAGACUUUUCUACGGUCAUACGGGGAAGAAGAUUUUCGUUUGUUUCAAGAGACGAAGAAGAGGGGGUUGAAACGGGCCCAGGGCAGAAAGGCUUCACAGCAAAUUUUGAAAGGAAGCUCUACCAUUUCUACUCUCAGCGCAAGAAUUUGCCGCAACACUGGGCCAACCUCAAUGCGUUUUCGCCGGCUAGUCACGAUGAGCACAAUCGCUCGCCCGAGUUUCGCGAAAUCCGCAAAGAAUUUUUCGUCAUUUUGUUUAUAGGUCAUCUUCAAGAUAUCCUUCUACAGUCGAUUUUUGAUCUUGUCAAAUUCGCCGAUAGUAAAGUAGCAGAUGGUACCAUGCGGCACAAAAGAGUGAUAUUCCCAAAAUCCGAAUACCUUAAACAGUGGCUUCUUGGCGGCUGGCCGGAGGAAGACGACACCGCUACUAAAAUCCCCGUUGUUGGCGAACAGACAGACUACGAGCCAAGUAUUCACGGGAAGGACCCCCUGAAAACUCGAUUCGCCGACCCCGAGCAUCUCCCACCUGCAAAUAGAUGGCAGAGGUUUGGAAAUUGGCUGCGUCGGCUCUCACAUUUGCUGAGCUCCAAGGAGAGCGCGUUUGGAUUGCGCGUUGCGGUUGCGGCAUUUUGUGUAGCGAUUUUGGCUUAUCUGAAGCAGACGCAGCAUUUCUUUUACAGCAAUAGGAUUAACUGGGCUGUAGUUGUGAUUGUGAUUGGUAUGAGUCCGGUUAGCGGGAAGUCACUGUUUGGCCUGAUAGGACGAAUCGUUGCAACGAUACUCUCGACGGGUUUGGCUUUCGCAGUGUGGUAUAUUGUUGCCGGAAACACUGCGGGGAUCCUGGUGUUUCUCUAUAUAGCGAACUGUCUUCAAUACUACUUCUAUGUGAAGUUCCCGCGAUUUAUUCCAGCGUGCAUUAUUGCGUCGAUUACUUUCAAUUUGGUGAUCGCUUAUGAGCUUCAGGUCCGGAAACUCGGAGUUGCAGUUUCAGCAUCGACUGGAUUGAAUGUUUUCCCAAUAUACCUUUUCGGCCCGUAUCGAUUAGUUGCAGUCAUGGCAGGCUGUGCGAUAUCGUUCAUAUGGGUCAUAUUUCCGAGCCCAACCACAGCGGGCUCUCAAGUCCGCAAGACUCUUGGUCGUGGUCUUUUUGUCCUUGCAACCUUUUAUAAUUGCAUGCAUACUUCCAUCGAAGUUUGGAUCAAUCAAGAACAAGGCGACUUGGACGACCCUCAAUCUCCAGCACGGUUGUUGGAGAACGCGCGAAACAAACUAUUCUUUGAAGAACUAACCUUGCUAGCUGAAAUCCGAAACCAUAUCGAGUUUACCAAAUAUGAGCCACCCAUCGGGGGUCGAUUUCCUAAAGAAAUUUACGAACGAAUCAGCUUAGAAAUCCAAACUAUUCUGUCAAGCAUGGCUUUAAUGGCCCACGUCACUCGCAACUUAGAAAGGAUGGUCCCCGAAGAAUUGCCAUUCCGAGAAUCUAUCAGCACCCGUCGGAGAUGGAGUGCAAGUACAUGGAGCGAUAGUGGUCGGAACGAGGAGAAAUGGAUUGAACACCUUGCGCGCGCGGCGAGUUCACAAGAUUUCCAUUCCCAGGUCAUUACUUCCGUUCUUUAUCAUUUAUCCGCCGCGGUAUCGAACGGACUUUCAUUACCACCGUAUUUAGCGCCACCCCAUGCGUUUCCACUAGCCAGAAACCUAAGGAAGAUGAAUGAAAACCUCUUGGAUAUCCGAAAUAUAGAGGAUCCUUCAUUUUCAGCAUUCGUGUCCGUGGAAGUUCUGAGUUCGGUUGUGAAUUCGAAUCUCAAAACCCUUGUUAGCGACGUAAAGUUACUCGUCGGAGAGCUUAAUUUUGAUAUUUACGUCCAUCGGCACAGACAUCGGAUGCGCGAGCGGCAUGAUGAGCGGCAACAAAGGCAAGGAGAGGACGACCAACGCAGCAAGGAAGGUUGA